UGUGAUUCGGUCGUGAGAAAAAAAACUAAGAUGGCGCCUCGUCAAGAAAGAUAGGAUGGCUUGAAGGGAGUAAUAGUAUAUGUCGAAAAUUUACCGAUAACGACACAACGGUUACUAUUUGAGACUGGAGUCUAUGAUUAAAUGGGUGCCUUGCGUCCACGUUUUUGAACCGAGUGGAAUUCCGUGGAGAAUUGAGGCAGCAAAGCGGGUAACUUUGCUAGCAGCAGUAGCUCGCCAGCGGCAUCAAGCACAGCUGGCCCUCGUUAGCUAACCACCAGCAGUCAUCACAACAAGAGGGGAAGGAGAGCAGCCAGCAGCCCUAUCAUAGCCCGGGACAUCGCGGUGUCGACGGGUCAGUCACUGGCACACGACGAGACGAUGUAACAUGGCAAUGGAAGGGGAAGAGUUUGUACCUCCUCCGGAGUGUCCAGUUUUUGAGCCAUCAUGGGAGGAGUUCCAGGAUCCUCUGGGUUACAUUGCCAAGAUACGUCCCAUAGCAGAGAAGUCUGGAAUCUGCAAGAUUCGACCUCCACCAGACUGGCAGCCACCCUUUUCAGUGGAGCUGGAUACCUUCCGCUUUACCCCACGCAUUCAGAGGCUUAAUGAGCUGGAGGCCGAGACGAGAGUGAAGCUCAAUUAUUUGGACCGCAUUGCCAGGUUUUGGGAGGUUCAGAGUUCCUCCUUGAAAAUCCCACACAUUGAAAGGCGCAUUCUUGAUCUUUUUGGUUUGGCAAAGGUUGUAUCAGAUGAAGGUGGUUUUGAGAUGGUUUGUAAAGAGCGACGUUGGGCUCGAGUGGCUCAGAGGCUGGGCUACCCGCCAGGCAAGAACAUUGGUUCUCUGCUGCGCUCACACUACGAGAGGAUUGUCCACCCCUUUGAAAUGUUCCAGUCUGGAGCCCGCUUGCAGCACUGCAAGCAAAAGCACUAUGAUGGUGAAGAUGUGGAUAAGGAGUACAAGCCCCACUCCAUCCCACUGCGUCAAUCAGUCCAGCCGUCCAAAAUGAGCAGUUACGGGCGUCGAGCAAACCGCUGUCAGCCAGAUGGUCCAGAGGAUCCGAAUCAACAUUCUCUCACCACUGGCUCUGAACUCCUCUCAGCGCCUGUACCUACUGAGGAAGACAUAGAGAAGAACCCAGAGCUGAAGAAGCUGCAAAUCUAUGGUGCAGGGCCCAAGAUGAUGGGACUUGGACUUGUGGCGCGUUACAGAGGCAAUAGGAAGAAGGAUGAACUGCCUCGAACGGUUACCAUCAGGGACAAUAUAGUAUCUGCUCCUGCUGACACUUCUGUCAAAGAGCCUCUCGAUACACAAGAAAAAGUGACUGAGAGCUCGUCAGCUCCUCCUAUGCCUCCCUGCAGCAUCACAGUCAAGACUGAGGUCAAGACUGAGGUCAGGACAGAGGUCAAAACAGAAGUCAAGACGGAAGUCAUGACUGAAGUGAAGAAAGAGAAAUCGGAAGAACGACAGAAAGAAAGUGAUCAACAUAUUACAGAUGGUCCGUGCACCAAAAUGACCAUGAGGCUACGACGCAAUCUCAACAACAUGCAGUCUGUGGAGUCCUUUGUGUGUCGGAUGUGUGGUCGCGGAGAUGAUGAUGACAAACUCUUGCUGUGCGAUGGUUGUGAUGACAACUACCACACAUACUGUCUCCUGCCCCCACUCACUGAUCCUCCCAAAGGCAAUUGGCGAUGUCCAAAGUGUGUUGCAGAAGAGUGUAAAAAGCCUUCAGAAGCAUUUGGAUUUGAGCAAGCAACUCGAGAGUACAGUUUACAGAGUUUUGGGGAGAUGGCUGAUUCAUAUAAAGCAGAUUACUUCAACAUGCCUGUCCAUAUGGUUCCCACUGAACUUGUGGAGAGGGAGUUCUGGAGGUUAGUAGGCAGCAUAGAAGAGGAUGUGACUGUUGAGUAUGGAGCUGACAUCCACUCCAAAGAGUUUGGCAGCGGCUUCCCAAUGAAUACCGGCAAGAGGACACUGACAAAGGAAGAAGAGGAAUACGCCUGCAGUGGCUGGAACUUGAAUGUGAUGCCUGUGCUGGAGCAGUCUCUUCUGUGCCACAUUAAUGGCGAUAUCUCCGGCAUGAAGGUGCCCUGGCUGUAUGUCGGCAUGGUCUUUUCAGCUUUCUGCUGGCACAUUGAGGAUCAUUGGAGUUACUCCAUCAACUACCUACACUGGGGCGAACCCAAGACCUGGUAUGGGGUUCCGUCCGUGGCUGCUGAGCGACUUGAGGAGGUGAUGAAAAAACUGACUCCAGAGUUGUUUGAGUUUCAGCCAGACCUCUUGCACCAGUUAGUCACCAUCAUGAAUCCCAACAUUCUCAUGGCUCACGGUGUACCGGUUGUACGUACGAACCAAUGUGCUGGUGAGUUUGUCAUCACCUUCCCUCGAGCCUACCACAGUGGCUUCAAUCAAGGAUAUAAUUUUGCAGAAGCAGUCAACUUCUGUACUGCAGAUUGGUUGCCUGCUGGUCGUUCUUGCAUCGAGCACUAUCGACGUCUGCGAAGGUAUUGUGUUUUCUCCCACGAGGAGCUCACCUGUAAAAUGGCAGCCUGUCCCGAGAAACUGGACCUCAAUCUCGCUGCAGCGACACACCGGGAAAUGUUUAUUAUUGUUCAAGAGGAGAGAAAGCUGCGAAAAGCUCUCAUGGAAAGGGGCAUCACUGAAGCUGAGCGUGAGGCAUUUGAGCUGUUGCCAGAUGACGAGCGACAGUGUGAUAAAUGUAAGACCACAUGUUUCCUCUCAGCACUGGCCUGCUCAAACUGCCCAGAGCGUCUGGUGUGUCUGUAUCAUACUCAGGACUUGUGCAACUGCUCCACUGACAAACUCUACCUCAGGUACAGAUAUACCUUGGAUGAGUUGUUGGCCAUGUUACACAGAUUAAAGGUUCGCUCGGAGUCCUUUGAUUCAUGGGCCAACAGAGUAAAAGAGGCUCUUGAGCAAGAAGAGGGUAACAAGAUAGGAAUUGAUUACUUGGAGAUGCUAAAGAAUGAAGCAGCAGAAAAGAAGUUUCCUGACAAUGAACUUCUACGAAAACUCAACAAUGUUCUCAAAGACAUAGAGUACAGCCAGCAGAAGAGCACUGAACUCCUCACUAAUUCGAAAACCAGUGACUCUAAAAUGACUUUGGCGGAACUGAAAUUAUUGAUAGACAUGAUGCAAAACCUGCCUUGUGUAAUGAGUCAGCUAGGGGAAGUGCAGGCGGUUUUGCAGUCGGUCAGUGAUUACCAGAGCCGAGCUAAGGAGCUGAUCAACGAGCGUGACUGGAGGAGGGCUUCUCCACCUACGGAGCAGUUGCAGACAUUAUUGGAGCAGGGAAAUGCGAUGCCUGUUGUGGUGCCAGAGUGUCGUCUACUCCAGGGCAUUCAGGAGCAGGGGCACUGGCUGGCAGAGGUCAGGCGCACCUUAGGCACAGAAGAAGGCGAGAGGCAGGAGGUAACAUUAGCAGUGUUGAGAGAUCUGUUGGAAGCAGGCUGCAGCAUGCCUCUGAGUGCGUCUGUGGAGACUGCCACGGCAGAGCUACAGGAGCUGUUAACAAUUGCAGAACGCUGGGAAGAGAAAGCACAGAUCUGUCUUGAACAGAGACAAAAACACCCUCUCUCAACCCUGGAGGCAAUUGUAAAUGAAGCCCAGCUCAUUCCAGUCAAGCUUCCCAACAUUCAAUCUUUACAGGGCUGUCUGAGCCGGGCACGCUCUUGGGUAACAGACCUUGAGGAAAUCCAGAAUGGGGAGCAUUACCCGUGUCUGGAUGACCUUGAGGGCUUAGUAGCUAUUGGAAGGGACCUGCCUGUUUUUAUGGAAGAGCUGCGACAACUGGAGUUGCAGGUAGCCAGCGCUCACUCCUGGCGGGACAAGGCCACUAAGACCUUCUUGAAGAAAAGUAGUCAGCACAGUCUACUCGAGGUGUUGUGUCCUUGUGCUAAAAGAAGACAUGAGGAGAAAGAGACAUUGGAUGACCCAUUAGAUGACUGUGAUACCAACACUCUGGGCCUCUCUGCUCAGGACCUUAGAGACCCCGCAGCGAUUGUGAUGGCGUUCAAAGAAGGAGAGCACCGUGAAAAAGAGGCACUACUGAGGUUGCAGAAAGUCAACAUGGGAAAGACUGGACUUAAUGCAGUAGGUUACGAGGAGAAAGAAACUAUGGACGACAUGAUGGAAACAAACUCUGAAAAUUCUGUGAAAGAGAAUGGUAACCACACUGGUAGCAUCCCUGCUCAGUCAGUGUGUGUGUGCGGCACACAGCCUCGCACAACUCAGCUGCGCUGCCAUCUUUGUAUGGACUGGUUCCACUGUGGCUGCGUCCCCUUCCCCUCCCUGCUGCCGUCGUCUGGACCAGCAAGUAACCUCCACUGCUGGUGGGACUGGGACUAUCGUUUUUUGUGUCCGCGGUGCCAGCGGUCACGGCGUCCUCGCCUGGAGACAAUACUGGCUUUACUCGUAGCCCUGCAGAGGCUGCCCGUACGUCUGCCCGAAGGCGAGGCGCUGCAAUGUCUCACAGAGAGAGCCAUCACUUGGCAGGGGCGCGCCAAGGAAGCACUGGAGACCCCUGAACUGCUGAAGGCCGUUCAGGCUCUCCAAGAACUCAAAGACACUCUUCCUUCUGAGGAAGGUGUGCAAAAGGAGCCAGAAGCAAGUUCAGUGAUUGUUUUGUCUGACUCGGAAGGAGGGGAAGGAGAGGAUGGAAUCAUCGAUCUGACCGAAGAGUCACCUAAAAAGAAAGCCAAGGAAACCAAUGGCACUCAGGAUGCUUGUGAAAAUGGAAUCAACAAGAACUCAAGUGUCUCUGGAGUGGGCGAUCUGUUGCCCCUGCUCCCUCAGCUCAAAGGUCAGGUGGUGCAGCUUUCCUCUGCUACAAAAGAGCACCUGGAGGAACUGCAACUGGAAGGCGACCUGCUUGAAGUUUCUUUGGACCAAAUGCACAUCAUCAGCAGAGUUCUACAAGCUGCCUCCGAUCCACCCAUUGCCACACUGCACACACUCAUCCAGAUUAAACUUGAAGAGCAGAGGCUAAGUAGUCGAGGACGUCCCAAAGACUCCAAGAGGAAACGAAAGAGCCACAGAGGAGGAAGCGGGGAGGAGAAUGGAAUAUUGUCACUGGAUGCAUCAGACUCCAAAAAAUCCUGCCCCCUAACCCUCAGCCCCUCCCCCCACCUACCUGUCCAGGUUCUGUGAUGGUGGAUGCUGGAUCUAUCAAAGCCUAUGAGGGGGAAGAGAUUCCCGUCUUUAGUGUCUCACCUUUCCACUGCAUCCCUCCAUCAUGCAGACUGUAUAGCGUAAAGACUCUUCCACACUCCACAAUUUGACUUUGUAUUUUUUGUCAUACCGUGGCAAAAUUCCACUCCACUUUCCCUGGACCUCGCUCACCUUUCACCUAUAAAGACUGUGUUGGAUCAUGUGGGACUCUUGUGAUAGCAGUGUGUUUGGUUUAGAAUUGUCACUGAGGUAAGUUGGUAUGCUUUGUUACCCACCGUAUUAAGUGAGCAAGCCACUUGAGCGCCCGCUGCUGCAGGUUCUUUUCUUUAACUCAUAAAGUUAAAGUUGGAUAAGCUAUUGGGUUUGUUUGGUUCUCUUGGGCCAUUAAUAGGACGCUGACGUGAAUUGGAACCAUUGCAACUUGUAUUUUUUUUAGCUGUAUUGAAUCUUUCUCAAUUUUGUUCUAAGGCCACACAACAAUAUGAAUAAACUGAUGACAUUUUGAAGAGUGUUUUAAACAGGCAUUAAGGUUUUUGGUGCUACUUUCUCCAAAUGGAUAUUUUUUCCCCCGCCAACUGGCACAGUCUUUCCUAGGUUCCAGUGCUGAUGUCUCUUAAUCUGCGUUCCACUUUUUCCCUCAUCUGCAAUAUAGGAAAACUUCAUGGUAAUUCCCUUUUGAUUUCCCUUUUUCAAAACAAUGUUAUUAUUGCAGAGACACACUUGUCAUGUUUGUGUAUAAACGUUUUAUUUUAAUGUUGCCUUUAUUUCUUUUCACUCUUGUUAGAAAAAAAUAAAGGUUUAGAAAACGCAC